UUUAUCACAGUUAUUUUCCUUCUUAGCAAGUAUACUUCUUUUGGACUACUAUUUGGCAAUAAAAAAAAGGAAAGACAUCACAAAAAWUUGCAGGAAAUACGAUUAAAWCSUACCCAUUUGGAAAAAACUAGUAACAUCAUAGAACACGAUAAUUUAGAAGAUACCAAGSAUGACAUKYAUKAUAAAUAUAUAAUGUACAGAMGAGGAAAACRUAUAURUWCUCCAAAAAAAAAAAGAAAUCUAAAGAAAACCAUUAUAGAUAUACACUUGGAAGUAUUAGAUGAAUGUCAGAAAGAUCAAUGGGAAUUGAACAAAGGGGAUUUUCAAGAAAUAAUCCUAGAUGAGUUUAUGAAAGACGCAAAUAUAGUAUGUAGUCAUUUAUCAAACAAUGAUCCCAUAAUAACRAAUAUGUGCAAUARUGAAGAAAUAGSAAAARAAAARACUCUCUGGGUAAASUGGAUAGAAAGAAAUAAARGUACUUUGGARGARUGCAAAAAUGAAAUUUGGUUUAAUAUGUUAAARAGUGAAUGGAAACAAGAACAGYAURWAUAUUUACAAAAAAUMGAAGAAUCAGAGCAGAGCCAAUUAAAUGAAAAGAAAAAUAUCCCAUUAAUAGAAAUGCARAAAGAUAUUUGGAGACAGUGGGUGGCRAAGCAGCAUAAACUUAUGGAAAUGUACAGUGAAAAAGAWUGGUUUAUGYAUUUGUUGAAAUGUGUAGAAGAAGAACCAAACGAAUUAGAAACGGAAAACUCUAAUGAAAAUGUUUCAUUGACAAAUUUGGAAGAAUUAGAGAAGCAAAAAUUAUA